GCAUCCAUGUUUGAUCCAGCAGAAUGGAACUCAAUCUUGCUGAUCUUCGAUCUCAUCGAAGAACAACAUCUUCUGUAGACAAGCCAAAAACUCUUAUGUCUGAUUCUGGUUCGUUCUAGGGCAACGUGAAACCGGGGGAGUUAUGGGAACCAGUCUUCUUCAAUGUCGCUAUCGUUGAAUCAAAAGAAACUCACCAUUGUAGAAGAAAAAAUUAAUAUAACCAAUUGGGCAUUUCACUAAUCGGUCGACGUAAACGACACGGAAAGAUUUUAUAAUACCAAUCUUCCUUCAACACAUUAUAUAACGAACCCAGAAUCCAAAACCCAUUACCGCAAAAUCGAGAUCAAGCAUGGAAGGCAGCAGCCAAGAACCCAACGGUCGUCAUCUUCAUCAUCAUCAUCCCCAUAGCCAAGACGAUGGGCCGGAGUGGUUCGCCAAAUACCUUAACCAUCAAGGAGAUUGGUUAGAGAAAACCAGAGGGAAUCUAAUGGUUGCGGCCACAGUGAUCGCCAGCAUGAGCUUCCAAGUUAUGGUGAAUCCUCCCGGCGGAGUCUGGCAAGACGACAAAUGCAACGGCGGCGGAGGCGGUGACCAGACCGGUGGGCUGUUCACCGGUCGGAGGAACGGGGUCUGUACGAGGAUAGCAGGAACGUCGGUGUUAGAGUACGGAUCGAAGCGGACGGCGUAUCUGGGUGUCGUGAUAAGCAGUACGGUAUCGUUCGCUGCCUCCAUGAGUAUUAUCCUCCUCGUCAUCAGCGGUUUGCGUCUGAGGAACCGGAUGAUAAUGGGGAUACUGAUAUUGUUCAUGCUAGCGGCGGUGAUAUGCAUGGUGGGGGCGUUUUUCUUCGCGGUAGCGUUGGUCCAAUCGGAUGACGCAUUUAUAAGAUACGUACUGUUGGUUUACCUAGGGUUUUGGGUCGUAUUUCCUCUUCUAAUCCUCGUCAUUCAGCUUAUACGGUUCCUCAUCUGGCUAAUCUGUCUGAUUUGCUGCUGCAAACGCCGCCGCCGGCCACGUCAGCCUCCUCGGAUGCGGGCACUGUCUCCAUUUUCCGACCAACCUCGUCCUAGUCCUUGACAGAAUACGAGGUUCAAAUGUAUGACUUCCGUAUUCGGGAUAUACUUUUACUUUAAUGAUCGUAUUGUACGUAUAUAUAUACGAUCGAGGUCCAUGACAUUAAUAUAGGGUUGGGGGAAGACUAUACUAUAUAAUGCUUGUAUUUUAGUUUUUUUUUUUAAAUGUUUUCUUUUGUAUUUAGAUCCACCUUUAAAUAUGGUACAACAGGAAAUGAAGGUUUUGUGUCCUA